UACUCAACACUCUCUUCUUCCCCUCUCUCUCUCUCUAGUCUCUCUCUCUAGUUUCUCUCUCUAGCCAAGCAAAAUGCAGCUCCUCUCAAAGCAUCAAAGAACCACAAGGACACUCAUCUCCCUCUUCCUGAUCGGCCUCCUCGCCUCCCCAUGUCUGCCCGCUCAGCCGCUGCCUUCGCCGGCGCCUUCUCCGGCGCCCGCGCCGCCGGCGCUGCCGCUGUCGCCGUUCAAUGAGCGGCUGGAAGCGGCGUACGUGGCGUUCCAGGCGUGGAAGCACGCCAUCACCGAGGACCCCAAGAACCUGACCAAGGACUGGUGCGGGCCCUUCGUGUGCAACUACACCGGCGUGUUCUGCGCGGCGGCGCCCGACGACCCGCACACCCUGACCGUCGCCGGGGUGGACCUCAACCACGGCGACAUCGCCGGGUGCCUCCCCGACCACCUGGGGCUCCUCGCCGACGUCGCGCUCCUCCACCUCAACUCCAACCGGUUCCGCGGCAUGCUGCCGCCGUCGAUGCAGCACAUGCGGCUGCUGUUCGAGCUCGACGUCAGCAACAACCUCCUCUCCGGCGCCUUCCCGGCCUUCCUCACGUCGCUGCCCAAGCUCAAGUUCCUCGACCUGCGGUUCAACGGCUUCGACGGCGAGCUCCCCGACGCCGUGUUCGGCCGGCAGCUCGGCCUCGACGCGCUGUUCGCCAACAACAACCGCUUCAACGUGUCGCUGUCGUCCAAGAGCCUGACCAACUCGACGGCGUCGGUCAUCGUGCUCGCCAACACCCGCCUCGCCGGCUGCCUCCCGCCGUCCAUCGGCGACAUGGCCGACACGCUGGUGGAGCUCAUCCUCCUCAACACCAGCAUCAGCUCCUGCAUCCCGCCGGAGAUCGGCAAGCUCAAGAAGCUCAAGGUGCUCGACCUCAGCCACAACGACCUCGCCGGGGAGCUGCCCGACAGUAUCGGCGACAUGGAGAGCCUCGAGGUGCUCAACGUCGGCUACAACAUGCUCGCCGGCGAGGUCCCCGAGGCCAUCUGCGAGCUCCCCAGGCUGAGGAACCUCACCAUCGCCGGCAACUACUUCUGCGACGAGCCGGUCUCCUGCCUCCACGUCCCCCUCCGCGACGACCGGAUGAACUGCAUCCCCGACUGGCCGCACCAGCGCUCCCCGGAGGAGUGCAUCGCCUUCGCCCACCGCCCGCCGCCGCACUGCGCCGCCGACGGCUGCAUCGUCUCUCCGCCGUGAGAGCUCGAUCGAAACCGUGCCGUGGCCAUGGCCAUGGCCGGUGGCCGGUGCAAUGCUGCCGCUGCAUGGCCGUCGUUGAUGACGUACGUAGUUGGUUAAUUGGUCGUAGAGAAUGCAAAAAAAUUAAAUCUCCAUGUGCGUUUUCUAGGACAAGUAUUUUAGCCAUUAAUAUCCUAUAUAUCAUCCAAAUCAUUUCCAAAUUCAAUGGUUGCUAAAAAA